AUGUCGGCGCUCACCGAAAUCGUCUCUGAGGCCGAUUUCGCCGCACAUCUCAGUUCCCUUUCGCCUUCAGCGCUAGUCGUCCUCUACUUCCACACCCCAUGGGCCGCGCCCUGCGCUCAAAUGCGCACAGUUCUUUCCGCCCUCGCCUCGCAGUACCCCGCCACGGCCCCGCCAACUAUCUCAUUUAUCAGCAUAAACGCGGAGGAGCUGCCCGAUAUCUCAGAGGAAUACGAUGUGUCUGCCGUUCCAUUCGUUGUUUGUCUGCGUAGCGGUCAGAUUCUCGAAUCUAUCAGUGGAAGCGACGCCAUCAAGGUUCGCGACGCUAUCGAGCGCCAUGCUGGCCGUGGGAAUGGUGCCGCUGCCCCCGCCCCCGCGGACGGUCACCGAGCUCACAUCCCCCCUCCUCUAUCUGCUGUGCCCCGUGAAGAUGGCCCUGUGUUUGCUACUCAGUCCCCCGUUACCGCAUCCAACGCUGUUGGUCCCUCCGCCAAUGCUACCCCCGUCGCCGCCGCCCCUAACCUCACCCCGGAACAGUCCCAAGAGGCCCUCUUCGCUCGCCUCACUGAGCUUGUCAAGGCAGCACCAGUUAUGCUUUUCAUGAAGGGAACACCCAGCUCGCCUCAAUGUGGCUUCAGCCGUCAAUUGGUCGGAAUUUUGCGAGAGCGAAGCGUCAAGUAUGGAUUCUUCAAUAUUCUCGCCGAUGAGGAUGUGCGACAAGGUCUGAAGGAAUUCGCUGAGUGGCCCACAUUCCCCCAACUGUGGGUUGGUGGAGAGCUGGUCGGUGGCUUGGAUAUUAUCCGCGAGGAAAUCAACAACGACCCCAACUUCUUGACCGACUACUCUGUCAACAAAUAG